GAAGAACCACAUAUGGAGCCCACGAUCAAAUGGUUCAUUUUCCUUUCAAAUUCAACUCUCUUAUAUUACUCCCCAUAACUCUCACCCUCCUCAAGCUUUCUUCAAUCUUUCCCUUCUCUUUCUCUCAACCCAACAUUCACGAACGAACUAACCAAUAACAGCUAUGUCUCUGUUCUUCCUUUCUCUGUUUUUACUCCUCUUUCCCGUUCCUUCCCUUUCUCUUAACCAAGAAGGACUUUACCUCCACCAAGUUAAGCUCUCUCUUUCUGACCCUGACUCCGCACUUUCUUCCUGGUCCGACCGCGACGACAACCCUUGUUCUUGGUCCGGCGUCGGCUGUGAUUCCGUUACUCGCUCCGUCACUUCCAUUGACCUAUCUAAUGCCAAUAUAGGUGGUCGUUUCCCUUCCCUCCUCUGCCGUCUGCAAAAUCUCACUUUCAUUUCCUUCAACAAUAACUCCAUUAAUGACACUCUUCCUCUUGACAUUUCUGCUUGCCAGAAUCUUGAACAUCUCGAUCUCGCUCAGAACUAUCUCACUGGUACACUUCCUCACACUUUAGCUGACCUUCCUAACUUGAAGUACCUUGACCUCACAGGAAACAAUUUCUCUGGAGAUAUUCCCGAAACUUUUGGUCAUUUUCAAAAACUUGAGGUCAUUUCUCUCGUGUAUAAUCUCUUUGAUGGAGUAAUACCGCCAUUUUUGGGUAACAUUACUACUCUAAAGAUGUUGAAUUUGUCUUAUAACCCAUUUGCUCCGGGUCGGAUCCCUCCGGAGCUUGGAAACUUGGCUAACCUUGAGAUUUUGUGGCUCACUGAAUGUAAUCUAGUCGGUGAAAUCCCUGACUCUCUGGGUCAGCUAAAGAAACUCAAAGAUUUGGACCUUGCGGUCAAUAAUUUAGUCGGUAAUAUCCCGAGUUCACUCUCUGGAUUGUCUAGCGUGUUCCAAAUCGAGCUCUACAACAACUCGCUGACAGGGGAGCUGCCACGAGGGUUGGGGAAUUUGACCGCAUUGAGGCUGCUUGACGCGUCGAUGAAUCAAUUGAGCGGGCCGAUUCCGGACGAGUUAUGCCAGUUACCGUUAGAAAGUCUCAAUCUUUAUGAGAAUCACUUCGAAGGGAGCUUGCCUUCAAGCAUUGCAAACUCUCCGCGGUUAUACGAACUCAGGCUGUUUCGUAACAAACUCACUGGUGAGUUACCACAGAACCUAGGGAAAAACUCGCCACUGAGAUGGUUCGACGUGUCAAGCAACCAAUUUACUGGUGAAAUCCCAGCAACUUUGUGCGCAAAGGGCGAAUUAGAGGAGCUUCUAAUGAUAUAUAAUUCAUUUUCGGGUCCAAUACCGGAAAGUUUAAGUGCAUGCCAGAGCUUGGGCAGAGUCCGGCUGGGGCAUAACCGGUUAUCUGGCGAACUGCCUGCUGGAUUCUGGGGCCUGCCUCAUGUAUACCUUGUUGAACUCGUUAACAAUUCACUAUCGGGUCAAAUUGCUAAAACCAUCUCCAGUGCAGCAAAUUUGUCGAUGUUGAUUAUUGAUAACAAUCGUUUCACUGGAAACAUACCGGAGGAGAUUGGGUGGUUAGAGAAUCUUCGAUCGUUUUCUGGAAGUAAAAAUCAAUUCAGUGGAUCUUUGCCAGGGAGUAUAGUGAAUCUGAAGCAAUUAGGUAGUCUGGAUCUUCAUGGUAAUUUGCUUUCUGGUGAUCUACCUAGCGGAAUUGAUUCAUGGAAGAAAAUGAAUGAGCUUAAUUUGGCUAACAACCAGUUUUCAGGGGAGAUUCCAGCCGAAAUCGGAAGGUUGCCUGUGCUUAACUAUCUUGAUUUGUCUUCCAACCGAUUUUCUGGUAAAAUCCCACUUAGCUUGCAGAAUUUGAAGUUAAAUCAGCUCAAUUUGUCAAAUAAUAGGCUAUCUGGUCCAAUUCCAUCUUUAUUUGCUAAGGAAAUGUACAAAAGUAGUUUUCUUGGAAAUCCUGGCUUGUGCGGAGAUAUUGAGGGCUUGUGUGAUGGAAGGGAUGAAGGUAAAGGGGAAGGUUAUGCUUGGCUGCUUAAGUCCAUUUUUAUACUUGCUGCUUUAGUCCUUGUUAUCGGAGUUGCUUGGUUCUAUUUCAAGUACAGAAAUUUCAAGAAUGCAAGAGCUAUUGACAAGUCAAAAUGGACACUAAUGUCGUUUCACAAAUUAGGUUUUAGUGAAUACGAGAUCUUGGCUUCUCUUGAUGAGGAUAAUAUUAUAGGGAGCGGAGCGUCAGGGAAAGUGUAUAAGGUUGUUCUUAGCAAUGGUGAAGCAGUUGCAGUAAAGAAGCUCUGGGGAGGGGCCAAGAAGGAUAGCGAUGAAAAUGAUGUUGAAAAAGGUCAAGUUCAGGAUAAUGGGUUCGAUGCAGAAGUUGAGACUUUGGGAAAGAUUAGGCAUAAGAACAUUGUUAAGCUAUGGUGUUGCUGCACUACUAAAGACUGUAAACUUUUAGUUUAUGAGUAUAUGUCCAAUGGCAGUUUAGGUGAUCUAUUGCAUGGUAGUAAGGGAGGAUUGUUGGAUUGGCCAACAAGGUAUAAGAUUCUGUUAGAUGCAGCUGAAGGGCUUUCCUAUUUGCAUCACGAUUGUGUUCCUCCAAUUGUGCAUAGAGAUGUUAAGUCCAAUAAUAUUUUGUUGGACGGGGAUUUUGGAGCUCGAGUUGCGGAUUUUGGUGUUGCUAAGGUUGUUGAUUCCACUGGAAAGCCUAAAUCCAUGUCCGUCAUUGCAGGGUCUUGUGGUUACAUAGCUCCAGAGUAUGCUUACACACUUAGAGUGAAUGAGAAGAGCGAUAUCUAUAGCUUCGGUGUGGUUAUUCUUGAGUUGGUAACAAGGAAACUUCCAGUUGAUCCAGAAUUCGGUGAGAAAGAUUUGGUCAAGUGGGUGUGCACCACUCUAGAUCAGAAAGGAGUGGACCAUGUUAUUGAUCCUAAGUUGGAUUCUUGUUUCAAAGAAGAGAUAUGCAAAGUCCUCAACAUUGGCAUUCUUUGUACCGGUCCCCUACCCAUCAACCGACCAUCGAUGAGAAGGGUUGUAAAAAUGCUGCAAGAAAUUGUGCCAGAGAACAUGCUCAAAACUGUAAAAAAAGAUGGGAAAUUGACGCCAUAUUACUAUGAGGAUGGCUCAGAUCAGGGGAGUGUAGCUUGAGAAUUACGAUCAAGUUUUGUCGCAAAGUCUGAUAUUGGAGCAGCAGAAUAUGAGCUUAGCUUCAAAACAUUUUCUUUUUCUUGGGCCAACUUGCCCAUUUCCACUUCGAUUUGGUGUUUGCUUUACAAAAAUGAAGGAAAGAUGAAGUUUUUCUGUCCAAAUGAUAGGGUAGUUUCUGAAGAGGGGGUUAAAAAAAAGAAAGAAGAAAGAAAAGGAGUUGCUAAGUUAUUAAUGAGGUGUUACUAUUACACUGUAAAGUAAAUUACUGCUGAAAAUUUUCCUUUAGACGGGGUCGUACCCUGCAUUAAAGAUUAUUUUGCUGAGAGUGAUGGGGUUUUUCCCCUUUGCCUCAGCUUGAUUUCUUGAAAAUGCUGGGCUUUUAUUGGCAAGUAUGGCAAAUCCUGUUUUUAUGAUAUAUAUGAGAACAAGAUCCAAAAAAAGUGGGAAUCUUGGCAAAAAUUGUAGUGCAUUUAAUAUGGUAUGGACACUACAAAUUUUAAAUGCAAGAAUCACACUUGAGCGGAAAGUUACAGCUUGAGGCGAUUUACUGAUUUUAGCUUGUGUACUACACAAAUCUACAUGCCCUUAUAUCAGGGGACGGGUGUAAAUUGGGUACUUUUAAUAGUUAGGUAGGGUUGGUCCCCGCCUAUGGUUAAUGGCCCCUUCCCCAUUUAUGUGAAAGAGCUUGCUGGCUCCUUUUGCGGCCUCUUGUUUGCCUGCAUUCACCAUGGCUUACUUGCUAUCAAUUGACUGUGACAUUUUGUUAA